AUGCUUCCGAAGGGACCCCUUCUCUCCUGCCUGCUCUUGUUCUCAAUCCUCUUCCUGGUCUCCUCGGUGGACGCGAGCCUAGCCGAUUAUCAGAGUUUCCUGCGGCGGCACGUGGACCCCAGGCGGACGACCCUGAACCCCCAUAUCUACUGCCAGCGGAUAAUGAGAGAGAAGAGCCUGACAAGUCCCACCUGCACGAGAAAAAACACCUUCAUCCACACCAGGAACAGCCAACUCAAAGUCAUCUGCGGGGUCGGAGGAAUGCACUACAACAGCAGCCUGUCGGAUAGCCUGGUCAGCUACCUCAUCACUACCUGUUAUUCCAUGGGGGGUACCCCCCCAGCACUCUGCAGAUACCGGGGCAGUAGCGAGCGGCGGAGGAUCCGCGUGAACUGCUUCAAAGGGAUCCCCGUGCGUUUAAGAGAAAUCCUCAUCGCCCGGCCGUGA